AGCUUGUAAUUGUUAAGAAUCUGGUAACAAAUUAUAUGUGCACUUCUUAGAAGCCUGUUAAGACCCCACGGUGGUCCCUUGACCUCACCUUGAAUCCCUACCGUGCUAAUAGCGUGCUAACAGUGUGUGCUACACACACGGAUAAGGUUACCUGGUGAGUCCCGCCGCCUACACUUUCUGGUCUGGACAGCUCCUGUGGUUCUGAACUCAGCUGAUCCUGCGGCUGGAACUUGUCAUUCUCGCUUCUCAUUGGAUAAGAGGUGGCCCGGGUGGGCUCUUCGGGGCCGCCGCUGAUUCGUCGAUUCACCUGCCAGUCAAGCAGAUUCCUUUCACAACAGACUUAGCCCGGCAGCAGCUGCAGCAGAAUCAGUGAGCUUUCAAUGUCACCGGGCACCCGGGAGAGGAUGGUUGUUACAACGAGGAGGUCCACAAUGCAUGUCGCCGCAGGCCCAUGAAGACAGUUGUCCAAGUUGUCUCACUAAAUGCCCCAUGGUUGCACCCUGACACUAUCAUCUGUUCAACCUCUUUCCACCCCCACCCCCCAUCCAGCUACUCUUCCCUCCUCCUCAACCUGUGGCCUAUUUAUACCCUGGAGACUCAAAAGAGCCCAUUAAAGCUCCGCAGACCUCUUCAGAGACAACCGUGAGCGUGAAUCCAAUAACGCAUUAUCUGAUCUCCGGCCUCACUGCCUCUUCUUCGACAGCCACAAAUAAGGAAAACUAAAUCCUCAGCUGCUGGAAAUUCUUGAAAUGCGACAAGAGCUGUUUUCAGCUCAAGAUGACAAGCUACCCCUGAUAUUCCAUUUGUGGCGAGGGCAGGUCGCAUCUGCAGCACAUUUGGGAAUUUCGGCUGCAGCAUAUGCUUGGGACUGCGGGAUUGGAGAUUCUGUCCACUUUAGCUGAAAUACGAGAAAACUCACAUCACACAUAAUAACAUUUAUUCACUGACUCAGCUAUGAGGUUUGGGCAAAGACACUGAAAGGAUUUACCUUCCAAAUGGCUCACAUAUCUGAAGUCCUGCACCACUUCCAGCCAUGAGCUAAGCCCACUCCACCCUGGCUGGGUGUCCCCUGCAGGAUGACUGCUGUCUGCCCCUCUGAGAGCAGCCCGGAAGGGACUGAGGCUGGGGCCGGGACCGCAGGCUCUAGGGGGUCGGGGGCAGCAGCCACCGCUGGGAGCAGCUCAGUUUCCAGGGCCGAGACUGGGGAGUCUAAUGGAGACUCUGUCGGUGGUUCCAUUGGAGGCACGGUUCCGGUCACCGGUGGCCAAAGGUACGCCCGCUGGAGCCGCCAGGACAGCUCCGACAUCAACACAGACGAUGAGGGAGCCACCAUCCGCCGCCUCACUCCACUGGAAAGGCUGAACCUGGAUAUGUGCCAAGAUGAAAGGGUCGUCCGUGAGUUAACAGUGGGAAGAAGAAUUGGCUUCUACAAAAUUCGAGGAGAGAUCGGCUGUGGAAAUUUCUCCCAUGUCAAGCUAGGAAUUCAUGCCCUCACCAAAGACAAGGUGGCCAUAAAGAUCCUGGACAAAACCAAGCUGGAUCAGAAGACCCAAAGGUUGCUGUCCAGAGAGAUCUCAAGCAUGGAGAAACUACACCAUCCCAACAUCAUACGUCUCUAUGAGGUGGUGGAGACGUUGUCACGGUUACAUUUGGUGAUGGAGUACGCAGGAGGAGGGGAGCUCUACACCAAAAUUACUACAGAGGGGAAACUUUCCGACACUGAUAGCAAGAUUGUCUUCGCUCAGAUCCUCUCUGCUGUUAAACACAUGCACGAAAACAACAUCAUCCACCGUGACCUGAAGGCAGAGAAUGUUUUCUACACCAGCAGCUCUUGUGUCAAGGUGGGGGACUUUGGCUUUAGCACACUGAGCCGCCGUGACGAGACUCUCAACACGUUCUGCGGCUCUCCACCUUACGCUGCACCUGAGCUCUUUCGGGAUGAGCAUUACGUUGGCGUCUUCGUAGACAUCUGGGCAAUGGGUGUGAUGCUGUUCUUCAUGGUGACGGGCACCAUGCCGUUCAGAGCAGACACAGUGGCCAAACUGAAGCGCUGCAUCCUGGAGGGGGCCUACAUCCUGCCCUCCUGGGUGCCAGAGGCGUGCCAGAGGCUGAUCAGGGGAAUCCUCCAACCCAUACCGUCUGACCGCUGCACAGUGGAGCAGAUGAUGGGCUGUGAGUGGCUGCUCCCUGUGGACUUCCCACGGGCAAUGGAGCCCUUUAAACUGGACCCAUCCUACCUUGCAGAGAGCGACCCGUCUGAACUUGGGGAAGAAGAGAUGGAGGUAAAGGCAGCACUGGAGACACUAGGGAUCACCUCAGAACACAUCCUCAACAACCAGGGGAAAGACUGCAGGAGCUCCAUCACUGGGGUCUAUAGGAUCCUGCUACACCGUGCUCACAAGAAACGGGCUGUUGAGAGCGUGCCUGUGGUCACACAGACAGUCGGAACAUCUACAACGAGUAAAAAGGAACGACUAAAAGUGUACCGUAGCUUACGGCACACAUCUAAACUCUGUGUGAUUCUGUGACAAAAAAUGCUCUGUGUCACUCUGGAAAUUAAUUGAAUUUAUAGUUUUGGAUGAGAUUGCAUGGAUUUCAUUAGAAAUAAAAAAGUGCUUUUCAGUCCAGCAGUAUAAAUUGAAAUCAUGGUAUAUAACCCCACUCAGCUCCUGAAAUCUGAGAUUUCUUACUUUAGUAUCUUCUAGUAAGUAAAAUUAGUCUCUGUGAGAAUGUUGCUUCCAGUGCAUCAUUAUUGUCUCCUUUUUUGACAGGGACAGGGACCUGUAAUCCUGAUGAGAUUUGGAAAUGGCAUACAUAACUUUGAUUUGGGCCAUGCAGGCCAGAUAUUUGUAGUCCACUCCCAUUCUAUGCUUAGGCUACUUGUGCUGUAACACCAAUAAACCCUAUGAGAACUCAAUGUAGCAUAAAAGAGCUAGAAAUCCACAACAUUAUGCUGAGGCAAUAAAGUGGUGAAACAUGCAGUCAGUAUAUGAAAUGUGGUGUUUUUAAUGUUUAAUUGCACUUUUCUUCGAUGCCUUAGUUUUCUAUAAUGUUAUGAAAUCAGAGAGACUGGUUUCAUGAUUCUCCUUAAUGUUUGUGAUGAUAUGAAUAGAGAUUAUUUUGUGAUGUGUCU